AGAAGGAAGGAAGAGAAGAGAAGAGAAGAGAAGAGAAGAGAAGAUAAGAGAAGAAAAGAAAAAGAAAGAAAAAGAAAGACAAGACAAGACAAGAAGAAGAGAGGGGGAUCAGGAUAGACCGGAGGAGGAAGGGAAGAGAAGGAGAAGAAGAAGAAAACAACUCCUGCAGCUGUCAGUCAAACCGGAUCCAUUCCCACCCAGGUGUGUCUAUGUGACGCCCCCUUUUCUCAGGAUGGAUGGAUCGUCCCGCUCACACUCUGGCCAUGUUGAAGAUGAGAUGAAGGAUGGAGACCGGCAGAGCACAAAGUCACAGGAACACCAAAGACCAGCUCCAGGGACUGAGGAGGAACCAGACCACCAGGAGGCUCGGACCAGAGCACAGAAACUAGAAAAUCCGUCUGGUAAUAUAUCACCAGGUAGAUCAGCUAGAACCAAACCAGAUCGACCAAAGCCAGAUCCUCUUAAAUUACUCUGCAAACAUGAUCAUUCAGAAACACAGGAACCAGAAGAUUCUCCACAUGAACAAAAUCCACAAAAACGACCUCCAACUCCACCAGAUCAACAAAAACAAGAUCCUCAUCCCAAAGAGAAACACAACCUGGGAGAGUCUUCUGCAACAGAUGAACCAAAACCUAAGCAACCAAAAACCAUUCUACCAAACCCAGACCCUCUUUGGCAAGAACAACCAAAAUCAGAUCAAACUCAGGACCAAACCCAGGUCCCCCCUGAGCCCACGAAGGAUUUAACUGUCUUCAGUAAAUCAUUCGAAAAACAAAACCAGAAGGAGCACAAGUCCAGAGACCAGCAGGACCACCAUGGUUCUCCUCCUCCUCCAGUUACCGAUCAGACCCAGCCCAGCAAAGCACCAACACUGGCUCCUCAGGAUUCUUCCUCAGGUGAGCCCAAAUUGUGCGGCUUCCUGCAGAAACAAGGGGGGCCCCUGAGGGCCUGGAAGCAACGGUGGUUCACAUAUGAAGACCAAAAGAACCAGCUGUUCUACUACCGAACACCACAGGAUGUGAUGCCGCUCGGCCGAGUGGAGCUCAGAGAUGCUACCUUCACUUAUCCACUAAACGCAGAGACAGGCACAUUCCACAUCGAGACACAGGAACGAACCUUCACACUCAAGGCGCUGACUCAGGAGCUGAUGCUCUAUUGGCUGCAGCAGCUGCAGGUGAAACGCUGGCAGCACAGACAGACGUCCUCCUGUCCAGACUCGACCAAUAACAACAACAAUACAGAUGACUUCCUGCCGGUGCGGAGGAGCCCUCUGGGUCUGGUGGGGAAGGAUGCCGCCAACGCUUCGUCACAACGAAAGCAGAUCACAAAUGUGUCAAUCAAACAUCCGCUGAUUGAGCUGCAGAACUCGGUCCACAGUCUUCGUAAGAGAUCGUCUCAGGAGUGGAGUCGAAGUGUGUUUAGUGUAGAAGCUCCACCGUCGACCCCUGCACACAUUAACACCACCGCAGUUCCAGUGAUCCAAUCAGAAAGUAGGGAAUGCUCGUCACUGCCUAACAGUCAUAGCAAGGAGACAAACAAUCUCAGAUUGUCCACCAUGCCGGUCCUCCGCAGAGACACUCCAUCCUCGUCCUCAGAACGUACGUCCCACCAGAAGCAGGACAAACAGAUGCUGAUCGAGGAGGUCAAAGCUCAGAAGGAAUUAGUCUGGAUCCUCCAUAAAGCCUUGGAGGCGUCUCAGUUGGAGAAAAGAACCUGUGCAGAGUUUUUGGCGGCAGAGGAUGAGCAGAAACGUCUGGAGCUGCUUCGACACCGAGAGCGGCACGUGGCUGACCUGCAAGGCCGACUGGAGGAGUCGAAGACGGAGGCGGAGGUAACCAGGAGGAGUCUGGCUCAGAGAGACGUGCAGCUGGCCGAGCUGCAGGAUAACGUCAGGAUACUGAUGGACAAGAACAACGCUAAGCAGGAGGUGAUCAUUAAGCUGUCUGAUCAGGUGACCGUCUGUAUGUCCAACCUGCCGUGCUCCGCCUCGUCCACUGGUGGCGCUCUAGACUCUCCAGCUUUCAAACAGCUUCAGCAGGAGAACGAGAACCUGAAGGACGAUAUCGGAGCGUAUAAAACCCAGAAUACAUUUCUAAACUCUGAGAUUUAUCAGCUGACGAAACUGUGGAGGAAAAGUUCAGAACAAGAGAAGAGCCUGAUGGAGAAGUGUGCCUACCUGGAGGCCAGUAACUGUCAGUUGGAGAGCCGUUGCCUGGGUGUCCUCCAAAAGCUGCAGGAGACCAAAUCUCUGGAUCCGGUCCAACGUGGGGCUGUUCAGAAGAUGAUUGAGGACGCUCUGAAAGUAGAGCUGAAGAGCGUCGCCAAGAUCAACACCAACAGGGAACAGGAUGAGUACGGCUUUAAAAUCAUCCCCGACUACGAGCUGGACGACAUGAAGCUGCUGGCAAAGAUCCAGGCGCUCGAGAUCCGAUCACACAACCUGCUGCACCAGGAGGGGGUUGAGCGCCCCCUGCUGAGCCGCUGGGCUCAGUACCUGGCCGGCCGGUCACAUGACGACCUGGUUCCUUCUCCGGAGCUCAAAGGUCUUCUGCGUGGAGGUGUUCCUUACGAGUACCGACAGAGAUUGUGGCACUGGAUGGUCCGAGCCCGAACCAGAACUAUCAGAGACUGCCAGCCCCGGCAUUACCAACAGCUGUGUGAGAAGAGUCACACAUCUUCUCAUCCAGCCUCCAGACAGAUCCAGCUGGACCUACACAGAACUUUGACGUCCAAUCAGCUCUUCUCCUCACCCUCCAGCCCCGCCUUCCAGCAGCUUCGUCGCAUCUUAUUGGCCUUCUCCUGGCAGAACCCUGCUAUUGGCUACUGCCAGGGUCUCAAUAGGUUGGCUGCUAUCGCUCUGCUCGUGCUCCAGAGUGAAGAAGACGCCUUCUGGUGUCUGGUUACUGUGGUGGAAAUCCUCAUGCCUCAAGACUACUACACCAAGAACCUGGUGUCCUCUCAGGCAGACCAGCGGGUGUUGAAGGACUUCCUGGCAGAGAAGCUUCCUCGCCUUGCGUCUCAUUUUGAUGACCACAGCGUCGAUGUGUCUUUGAUCACCUUCAACUGGUUCCUGGUGGUUUUUGUAGAGAGUCUGCCCAGUGACAUCCUGUUGCCGCUGUGGGAUGCCUUCCUGUAUGAGGGCACCAAGGUGAUCUUCAGGUACGCUCUUGCUAUCUUCAAAUACAAAGAGGACGACAUCCUGAGGAUCCACGACAGUGCGGAGAUCUACCAGUACCUGCGCUUCUGCACCAAAACCAUCUCUGACAGCAGGAGGCUGACCAGCAUCGCCUUCAGCGACAUGAACCCGUUCCCUGGCCGCCUGCUGAGGAACCGGCGAGCACUUCACCUGGAGCGCCUGCAGGGGGAGCUGCGAGAGCUGGAGAAGCAGCAGAGGGAGUUCGUAACAGAGAUCAUCGAGCACAAAGACGACGAACUGGACACCAUGGUGAGCGAGGAAGACGACGAACCGUGACCUCACGACUCAGCAUGCUACCUCAGCAUUACAAGAGUUUGACAUCCCAGUCCUCAAGGUAACAAAGAGGAGGUUAGGACGUGUCGUUCCAACAGAGACAGAGAACAAAGAUUUAUAAGAUCUUGGUCGUAAAGAGUCCCAAUCAAUACAAAUCAAGAACUGGAACAAAUAUCAGUGAUUUAUUACAAACCGUUACAAACAAUCAGCUGGUGACUAAAAGCAGCAGAGUUAACAAAUGUCUGCACAAGUAACUAAGUAGGUUUACUCGAGUACAUGUUUGAGGUACUUGUGGUUCAUGUUAGGGCUGCAUGUAUCAAUGUGCGCAACACUGCGCUGCUCUCUGAGUGCAACAAACAAGAAGCUUCAGGAUGAGCUCAAACCUUCGUCCUCUUGUCGUCUGGAUUAAUCAUGAUU